AGAUAGCUAUUAUGUAAACAAAGGUAUUACAUGGGUGUUACUCAAUAAUUAAGACACUACAUAAAACUUGUGAACAUGUAAUCAUUUUGUAUGUAUCAGUGAAACAAAAAUAUUAUGUAAGUCUUCCAUAAUUAUUAAUUAAACACUAUGUAAACCUUUAGAUAUAAUUAUUUAUUAUUUAUCACUACAUAUGUCAUUCGUAAUUAUUAAUAGACUACGUGAAAUUUAUCUGGAAAGAAUAAUUUUGUGAAAUAUUCGGUGAAAAAACAAGUAUAUUUUGUUAAAAAGAGGCAGGCUGCUAUUGCUAUGCAUGAAGAGAAAGCUCAACAGACAACAGGAAAUUAAUAUAGGCGACGUUGCUUUAAAUAUAUCUACAGUCUACUUACUUAGUCCCAAUCUCGAUAGAUAUCUAGCGCCAGCUAAGUAACAAAAAUCCUGCCGUAGAAAAUAAUGGAUUUCUUCUUCCUCCUCCUAAGCUGCUUUCUCGGCCUCAUCUUCACCCUCACCAUCCUCCGAUUCCUGCUGCCAAGAAAAACUCCGGCGGGCAAACUCCCGCCAGGUCCCGCCCGGCUGCCAAUAAUCGGCAACCUCCACAAUCUGGGCCUCAAGCCUCACAUAUCACUGGCCGAUCUGGCCAAGGUUCACGGGCCGUUGAUGAGCCUCAAAUUGGGCCAAGUCACCACCAUCGUCGCUUCUUCCCCAGCUCUCGCCAAGGAGAUUCUCCAAAAUCACGACAAAGUGCUCUCCGACCGCCAUGGGAUCCUCGCCAUGGAGGUCCUCGACACCCACAAGUUCGCCCUGCCGUUGCUUCCUGUGGGGCCCAAGUGGAGGAACGUCAGGAAAGUGUGCAACUCGUACGUCUUCGCGACCCAGAAGCUGGAUUUGAACCAGGGCCUCCGCAGGGAGAAGAUUAUCGAGGUGCUGGAAGGUGUUCGACGAAAUGCAUCUGAAAGGCCGGGAGAGGCGGUGGAUGUAGGGAGAGUGGCGUUCAGGGCCAGUUUGAAUGCUCUGUCGGCCACUGUUCUCUCGAUGGACCUGGCGGACGAGGAGAAGUCGGAGACCGCCAGGGAGUUCAAGGAGGUUGCGAGGGGGAUCAUGGAAGAGGCCGGGAGACCCAAUUUGGGAGACUUCUUCCCCGUUCUGGGGAAGUUGGAUUUGCAGGGGAUACAGAGGCGGAACAAGGGUCACAUAGGGAAGGUUUUGGAUCUCUUUGGAUGGGUCAUCGGCGAAAGGUUGCGGAAGAUGAAGUCGGAGAGCUAUGUCUCCACUAACGACAUGCUCGACACACUUCUUACCAUUGGCGAUGACAACAAUCGCGAGGCUCAAAUGAAUCCAACUGGCAUCAAACAUCUGUUUUUGGAUCUAUUUGUAGCCGGAACCGAUACCACUGCAAGUUCACUAGAAUGGGCGAUGGCCGAACUCCUCCGCAAUCCACACAAGCUUGUGAAAGCCAAGAAUGAGCUGGAAGAAAUGAUUGGGAAGGGUAAUCAUCUUGCGGAAUCAGAUAUUCCCCGGUUACCUUAUCUGCGAGCAAUACUGAAAGAGACAUUUAGGCUGCACCCAGCACUUCCUUUGUUACUUCCCCGCAAGGCAGCUACAAAUGUGGAAAUCAACGGCUUCACUGUGCCCCAAGGUGCAAGAGUUCUACUCAAUUUAUGGGCUAUAGGUCGGGAUCCAGCAAUAUGGGAGGAUCCAACCUCGUUCAUGCCAGAAAGAUUCUUAGGCUCGGAUGUUGAUGCAAAGGGAAACCAUUUUGAGCUGGUCACAUUUGGCGCAGGAAGAAGGAUAUGUCCUGGAAUGCCGUUGGCAUUAAGAAUGUUACAUAUGAUGUUGGGUUCAUUAAUUCAUUGGUUCGACUGGAAACUACCAGAUGGGACGGAGCUAGAGAAAUUGGAUAUGGAAGAGAAGUUUGGGAUAGCUUUGCAAAAGGCUAAACCCUUACUUGCUAUUCCAACUCCCAUAUGAGAGGACCAUGUCGCGUAUGAUCAAUUUGAAAAGCCUUUGUGGCCAGUUAUCUAAUAAUUAAAAAUGAACAUUGGAGAGGAUCAUAAUCACCAACUCUUGCUUUAAUUUGUACUUGAGGUUAGACUUUGCUUUUUCUACCUAGUUAAUGUUUGUUUACCCUUUCCAAUUAGUCAUUCGCAACUUUGUUAUCUUUCCUCUUAUCAAUGAAGCUGGUCCGUUGUUCAAACGGGAGGAAAAAAGAACUCAAAAUAACGUUUCAUAGUCAUUUGAAACGUUAGACGGAUAAAUUUUGUGUUAUGAUUCUAUUUUAGUUUAGUUUAUUUAAUGCAUAAUCAUGAGUCAUAUUUAAGACAUAUUUUAAGUCUUAAGAAAAUAAGCUCUUGAUCGACGAAUGUUUGCCCUUUGGCUAAAUGUAAUACAAUCAUGUGUUAAGU